AUGAACUCAAACUACUACAGACACGAACUAUCAAACUUAAUUUGGAUACAAAAUUUAAGAAAAGGCGAAAAAAAAGUUGAUGAAAUUUUAGACUCAUUUGUACAACAGAAUAUGAAAAUUUGGAGUCCUGGAAAAUCUCUGUUUUCUCCAAAAAUUGCAGUUAUUUUGUUCUUAAUUGGGAGCAUAUUUCACGCAGUAUUCGCAGCAUUUUUCUAUUUUAACUAUAAAAGUAACUCAUUUGUAGAAUAUAUUAGCGAGCCAAUACAAAAAAACACAACUAGUUUACUUUUUAGCGUAGAAAACGAUAUUAAUGGUCCAGUUAACUUAAAUAUAUAUAUAGAAAAUUUUUACCAGAAUUUCCGAUCAUUUGUUCAAAGCAGGCCUUCAGAAAUCUUCCCUGGUUUUUCUUGUGGGACAGCAAAAACAAUGAGUUAUUUACGUCAAGUUAGAGGUGAUACUCUAGAUAACUAUAUAAAUAAAAUUCCAACGAAUGAAAUUGAUGAAAAAACAAGAGAAAUACCUUUGAUACCAUGUGGACUAUCAUCUAUUACGUUUUUUAAUGACAAAUUUGAAAUAUAUUUAUUAAAAGAAAAUGGCGAAAAAGAAUUGAUAAACGUUGAGAUUGACCAAUUAUCAUUGAAAAAUGAUUUUUCUAUGUUUGCAAUUCCAUACGACAAAAUGAUGUGGAUAAAAACUACGGACAUACAUUACAGAAUAUGGAUGCAUGGUGCUUGGCUUCCCAGCUUCAAAAUGGUUUGGGGGCAAAUACCACAUCAAUUAAAAAAGGGUAAUUAUGAAAUUAAAAUGAUUGAAAACAUGUGGCCGGCAGAAGAUUUUAAUUCAAAAAAAAGAUUAGGAAUUGAAAGAGUGUCAUUUCUUGGUAGCAAAAAUGUAAACGCAAGCUACUUCUUCCUUAUUUGGAGUAUAUGGCUAUUUGUCAUAUCUUUUUUAUUUAUUCUCAUGAUAUCUUGUUCAUGCAAUACUUUAAACGUUAUAUUAAGAAAUUUGUCAGCACUGUUAUAA